CUUGCAGAUAUGUGUGACAGUGCCAUGGUUACUCACCUGCCCCCAUCAUCCUUCAGAAGCUCCUCACAGCUGUCCAGUAGCCACAGUCCAGGCUUUGCAAAACUCAACCGGAGAGAUGGAGCUGGAGGCUGGUCCCCCCUGAGCUCAGACUGGUACCAGUGGCUGGAGGUGGAUCUGGGAGAGCGAACCCAGGUUACAGCUGUGGCCACACAGGGACGCUACGGUAGCUCUGAUUGGCUAACAGCCUACCUGCUGAUGUUCAGUGACACGGGACACAACUGGAGGCAGUAUCGACAGGAGGACAGCAUUGGGAUGUUUUCUGGAAACACCAAUGCAGACAGCGUGGUUCAGCACAAGCUGCAGCAGACAGUCAUCGCUCGCUACCUGCGCCUCAUCCCCCUGGACUGGAACAGCAACGGCCGGAUCGGACUCAGGAUAGAGGCCUAUGGAUGUCCUUACAAUUCCGAUGUGGUCAGCUUCACUGGUCGAAGCAGUCUCCUUUUCAGGCUGAGUCCAAAACCUACAAUGGUCAAACAGAGUAUUUCCCUUAAUUUUAAAACACUGAAGAACUCUGGGACAUUACUCCAUGCUGACGGACAAAGUGGACACAGUGUCACGCUGGAGUUAGAGAAGGGAAAGCUGGUUCUGCACCUGCAAACAGGCAGAGGCGUUUCUCCAGCCAGUCGGCACCUGGUGUCCCUGGGCAGCCUUUUAGACGACCAGCACUGGCAUCAUUUUGUUGUGGAGCAUCAAAGCACACACCUCAACCUCACCGUGGACAAAAGCACUCUGUGGGUUCAGAUCCCAUCGAAAUUCGCCCACUGGGACCAUGACCAGAUCAGCGUGGGAGCAGACCUGAGUCUGGGCUCACAGAGGUCAGCGCGGCCAAGCCGAAACUUCCAUGGAUGUUUGGAAAAUGUGAUUUAUAACGGACUGAGCUUGGUGCACCUCGCAAAACAGAGUGACCAACGGGUAACUGUGCAGGGCAAUGUCACCUUCUCUUGCGUCGAGCCCGUAUCUGUUGCCAUGACGUUCAGCGGCCCUCACAGCCUCCUCUCGUUGCCGUGGACCAUGGAGACGGCAUCAACAGCCUCAUCAGUGGGACUUCAGUUCAGGACAUGGGACAGAGAGGGGCUGCUGCUCACGUUUGACCUUCCAAAGCAAGGAGGCGUUGUGUGGAUUUAUUUGAGCAGAGCCAAACUUUGUCUGAGACUUUACAAAUCGGGAAAGACUCAACAAGAGCUCACAAUAGGGUCGUCUCUAAGUGACGGACAGUGGCACAGUAUGGAGCUCAUCUCCAGGCGAGGUCAUGUGACUCUGACAGUGGAUGGAGAUGAAGGAGCCUCUGCCAACACCAACACACCUAUAACAAUCACAAAAGGAACACACUUGUACUUUGGUGGAUGCCCCGUUGAAGACAGUGCAGAGGGGUGCAGGAACCCUUUUAGUUCAUUUCGAGGCUGCAUGCACUCCCUGGUGGUAAACAACCAACCUGUGGACCUCAUAAUGGUGCAGGAGAGGCUUCUGGGAAAUUACAGUCAGCUGCAGAUCGACAUGUGCGGCAUUGCUGACAGAUGUUCGCCGAGUCAUUGUGAACAUGGUGCCAGCUGCAGUCAGUCCUGGAGCACCUUCCACUGCAACUGCUCAGGCAGCGGCUACAGCGGAGCCACCUGUCACAGCUCGGUACAUGAGCAGUCCUGCGAGGCAUACAAGCACAAAGGCAACACGUCAGGCUUCUACUACAUUGAUGUGGAUGGCAGCGGGCCCAUCAGACCACAGCUCAUAUACUGCAACAUGACAGAGGACAAGACAUGGAUGGUGAUUGAACACAACAACACUGAACUGACCAGAGUCCAGACUUCACCAAACAAGAAGCAGCACUCAGCCUUCUUUGAAUACACAUCUGAGGAGGAGCUGCUGGCUGCUGUUAUAAGCCAGUCAGAGCACUGUGAACAGGAAGUAUCCUAUCACUGCAAGAUGUCAAGACUUUUCAACAUACUCGAUGGUUCCCCACACAGUUGGUGGCUCGGGGGACCAACAGGGGGACAGGUGCAGAGUUAUUGGGGUGGGGCUCAACCCGGGAGUCAGCAGUGUGCUUGUGGUGUGCAGAACAAGUGCCUGGAUCCAAGGCACCAGUGUAACUGUGAUGCAGACCAUGCUGAAUGGACCAAUGAUUCCGGCCUCCUCACCCAUAAGGAAACCCUCCCAGUCAGAUCCCUGGUCCUCAGGGACAUAAACAGGCCUGGUUCAGAAAGUGCAUACAGGGUUGGGCCACUUCGUUGCCAUGGAGACAGAAAUAUCUGGAACGCUGCCUUCUUUGACAAAGAGACUUCCUACCUUCACUUUCCCACAUUCCACGGAGAGUUGAGCGCCGAUAUCUCCUUCCUGUUUAAAACGACUUCAUCCUCUGGGGUCUUCCUCGAAAACUUGGGCAUCAAAGACUUUAUUCGGAUUGAACUCAGCUCUGCCAAUGAGGUCCUGUUUUCUUUUGACGUUGGUAAUGGUCCACUUGAUGUGCGGGUGAAGACAGACUCCCCACUGAAUGAUGACAGGUGGCAUAGAGUCCGAGCAGAGAGAAAUAUUAAAGAGGCGUUGCUCCAAGUGGACGAGCAUCCUGCUGCCACUCAGGAGGCUCCAGCCGAUGGGCACAUCCACCUGCAACUCAACAGCCAAUUAUUUAUAGGAGGCACAGCAUCCCGACAGAAGGGCUUUAGGGGGUGUGUGCGCGCUCUGCAGCUCAAUGGGGUCACUCUGGAUCUGGAGGCCCGUGCAAGGAUGACCCCUGGGGUAGAAGCGGGCUGUCUGGGCCACUGCACCAGCUACGGCUCCCUGUGCCAGCACCAGGGUCUCUGUGUGGAGCAGCCCAGCAGCUUUUACUGUGACUGCUCUCCAUCUGCUUUCACUGGAACCUUCUGUGAUCGAGACGUUUCAGCCAGCUUCAAAUCCUCCACAUCUAUUAACUACAGCUUCCAGGGGUCUAAAGAGAGAGCCUUGAACCACAGCAGCGGAGCACACGUCUCUGUCCACACAGACUUCAGCCUGAGAGCGGAAAAUGUGUCUCUGAGCUUCAGAAGCGUUCAAACUCCAGCUCUGCUCCUCUACAUCAGCUCGUACCACAGAGAGCACCUGGCCCUGCUGCUUAACAAACAGAGUAAACUGGAGGUGGCCUAUAGGCUGGACAGCAGCCGAGCCAGUGAGGUGCUGAGGAGCAGCGUGGGGAACCUGGCCAAUGGACAGCUUCACAGCAUUAUCCUCAACAGAGAUGGAGACAGAGUCACCAUACAGGUUGACCAGAACACAGUGGAGUACUUCAAUCUCACCUUUGAUGUGGAGUUUAAUGGCCUCAGGUCGAUCAUUCUGGGCAGAUUACAAGAUACUACAGAGCUGGACCCAGAGUUGGCUCGAAUAGCUGCUGCAGGUUUCACAGGGUGCUUGUCUGCUGUGCAGUUCAACACAAUCAGUCCCCUAAAGGCCGCUCUGCUACACCCAGACUCCAGUCCCACCACUGUCUCCGGCCCCCUGGUCCAGUCCCGCUGUGGCUCAUCUUCAGGAGGUUCUCCUGCAGCUGAAACCACCCAUACACUGUCAGGCCAGUCUGGAUCAGUGGAAAUGGGUCAGCCUUUAAUGAAUGCCGUCAAGAGUGACUCUGCCUUAAUCGGAGGUGUGAUAGCGCUGGUGAUCUUCGUGACUCUCUCUGCCUUGGCCAUAAUGGGCCGCCUCUUAUACAGGAGGAAAUGGACGUGUCACGGUGAGGAUGUGAAAACAGUCAAACCAGACGACUGCCCAGAGCUGCCUUUCAGCAGCCAAAACAACUCACACAGCACUGGUUCAAGUGAGAACCAGAAGGAAUAUUUUAUUUAG